UUUUACUUUUUAUUCCUCGUCCAGUGCGUGUCGUCUUAACAUUCUUUGCUUUUAUACUUCGAUCGUUCUUCGCACGGUUCACUGUUCGCCAUUCAACUUCUUCCUUUUUCUUUUUUGGUGGUGUUCCUGUUGAUGUGUGCAUGAUAAUUUAGGUAAACAAAAAAACGUAGCUGUGCUAAGAAAGGACGCGUUUUCUUGGAUAUAAUUCAUGAGUUAUGAGUACGGUGAAUAGCCUUCUUGAAAAGCCAGCGUUCUCAUAAUGAAGAUAUUCUGCACAGCGCCGCUUCUGUUAGUCUUCUUGGUGCAGUACAUCGUUUGCUAUUUUCCGACGCGUCCGACUGGUACAACCAGAUGUCCCCCGGUAAGGCUGCCGAAUGGCAGAGUCCGACAGAGGGCCAGGGGAAGAAUCAUCAGAUUCAGUUGUUACGAGGGUUUCACUCUCGUAGGUAACAAGUAUGCAACUUGUUUUCGAGGCCAAUGGGAUACACCUACGCCCGUAUGCGUCAAUGCAGAGUGUCCUGUACCACCUGUACCAGAACACGCGUUGAUGGCACCUAAAUACAAUGGUGCGAUAUUAUUAUACUUUUGCGAGCCUGGACACGCAUUAAUUGGUUCGCCCGAGAUUUAUUGCAAUGGAAAACAGUGGAAUGGCACAGUGCCUUAUUGUCGAGACACUACCGCUUCUCCUCCGACGGAGUGCGAUUUCGAGAAACCGGAUCUUUGUUGGUGGGAACAAGAUCCCCAGCACGAUUUCGAUUGGCAGCGACAUAAUUUCGAGACUACAAGUCAUCACAUUGGAACUGGACCAUCUCACGACCACACAUUAGGAGCAGGGAAUGAUGGUUAUUACUUGUACAUCGAAGCCACUGGUCGAUUGAUAAACGAUACCGCAAGGAUCAUUUCUCCCAUUUACAAUGCAUCGUACACGGAUUCUGGCUGUUUCUCAUUCUGGUACCAUAUGUUUGGCGCCACAGUGGGAGCUCUAAACAUAUACUUCAAACAAGAAAACGAUCUUCUACCGCGAUUAAUGUUCAGCAAAGAAGGAAACCAAGGAAACCAAUGGCUGCACGGCAUUUUCAAUUUCCCCAAGGCUAAAAAGGGUUUCCAGAUUAUAAUCGAGGGUGUACGAGGGAGUAGCUACGUGAGCGACAUCGCCGUAGACGAUGUGGCCAUUUUGCAGGGUGACAAGUGUCGAAACGACAGUAAAACCGAGACCGAGGGGGUCACCGAGAGCAACGAUGAUCAAAUCGAACUGGUGAACGCGCAGCAAACUUGUCGCGGAAGAUGUAAAAAUAGUUUGACAUACAAUUUUACAACUUCGAUACCACCCACGCCAACGGAAAUCUGCCUCUGCACCCUCGAUUGCGAAGAACAGUCACUCUGCUGUCCGGAUUACGCGGAAUAUUGUAUUCUGGCGUACACCGAUGAAGCGACCACGACUAUCGAGCAAUCUACGAUUCCGAAUCACGAAGGGGCGGCAGUUUCGGUUCCACCUGCGGAAAAGAGCACAGUGAUCGAUAUGGCGACAGUGAGGACAGGUUUCUCGAUAAAUCCAAAGGAUGAUAUCGAUCCUGUCACAUUGAGGUCGUCAACGAGCACCACGAUGAUGGCAAUUUCGACCACGACAAGGCGGAAAAUUGAAAAACCAACGAAAAGUACGGAGACACCGAUUGUUCGGUCCACCACGAUCGUCACUGAGAGAUACACUUCGGAGAACGAGAUACUUGAUUUGGACGUAAAGAGACAAGAUUUAGAGAAGAAACGAAGUUCGAAAUUCAGCUUGUCAGGGAUUAUCGCUGUGGUGGUUGGAAUCAUGACGGGAGUAUUCAUCUCGCUAAUGGUCGCGAUCAUCAUUCUCAGACGAAGAAAAACAUACAAACGUGGAACGAAUGGAUCAGCGCUUUCGGAGGACAGCGACGUUCGAUUUUUAACAUCCGACGAGAUCUUGGAUUUCACGUUAGCUAGACCUAGCGAGAACGACGAAACGUAAGAAACUUUCAUAUAUAAAGGGUUUCUUGGUUUCAUUACGAGGGAAAUGAAAGUAAUAGGAAACGGGUUGUCGCAAAGGGACAGAAUCAUAGAAAUUUAUUUUGACGUUUCUAUGAGUCGUGGCUGUAUUUAGGACAAAGAAAAAUAUUACAUUUUUUGUGUGUGUUUAAAUGGACUAGUUACUGUAUAUUUAAUAAGAAACUUAACAAGCGAAUGCCGUAAUUAAUAUUACUGUAAAGUAUUAAAUACAUUUUCCACUGUUUUUUUUUGUUAUUUUAACAAUGAAAUUAUCAAUCUUUACCGUGUACCUAAAUAUAUUAUACUUAUGUGGUUAUAAAUAUAUUAUUUUGUAAUAUCGCGGAUAGAUGUGCCCUAUCUGGUGGAGCUUUUUUCCUAAAAGGAAGCUAUAAUGUAAAUGCUAUAUUUAGCUGUGUGAUUUCGUAAGAUCGAUCUACUUAUGUCAAUUGGAAGAUUUAUGCUUCAUUGACAUUUUGUUUCGUAGGAGGCUCGAUGAUUAUUAAAUAUUGAUGUAUCAGUAUCAAAGGUUAGAAAAUUAGGGAAACACGGUUUAUCGAUAUUUCUUGCAAAUUAGAUUAACGUACUGUAUAUAGUAAUAAUAUUUGUUAGAACUAAAGAGUUGUUAAACAAACAAAGGUGCGGAAUAAAUAUUAAUUCUAUUUAA